CCUGUCUUUUCGUUUUCCAUCUACUCUUGCCUUUGAUUAAUAUCCUCCAACCCAAAGAGGAACUGUGUUUGCCAUCUUCCAACUACAAAUAAUAUAGCCAGCCAUAGUCUUCACACUUGUAUCCAAACAAUAUCAACAUUUCUGAAAUGGAAACCAUGAAGCCUCACAUAAUCUCAAAAACAACCAUCAAGCCCUCUUCCCCUACCCCAAAUCACCUAACUGCUUACAAUCUUUCAUCUUUGGAUCAGCUAUCCCCUCACAUUUAUAUGCCCGUGGUUCUCUUCUACCCUAGUGUUGGAAGCCAUAGCCAAUCCAACGUCCCAGAUGACAUUUUUUCUAGGCUCAAGAACUCUCUCUCUAAAACCCUGGCUCAAUACUACCCAUUUGCCGGAAGGCUCUCAGACACCAGCUCCAUGAUCAAUUGUAACGACGAGGGAGUCGAUUUUUUCGAAGCUCGAAUGGAUUGCAAGCUAUCCGACAUUUUGAAACAACCCGAGCCUCAGACACUUGAUCUAUUCUACCCAAGUGGCAUAUUGUGGAAUGACUCCUAUGAGGGUAGUCUAGUGGUCAUUCAGGUUACAAUUUUCAGCUGUGGAGGCAUUGCAAUUGGUGUUUGUAUUUUGCACAGGAUUGGCGAUGGGUGUACCAUAAACGCCUUCAUUAAGGACUGGGCAGCCACCACAAUUCAGUCCCAUGAUCAUCCAGUGUCUCCUGUGUUCAUUUCAUCUUCGAUUUUAUGGCAUAAUGAUCCACCAGUACUCUCAGAUAAGCUUGAGCAAGGGAAUUGUAUCACGAGACGAUUCGUGUUCAGUGCUUCCAAGCUAGCCAAUCUCAAGAACAUGGUGAAAAACUCAGAAUUAGAUAAUCCCAGUCGGGUUGAAUGUGUCAGUGCACUGAUUUACAAAUGUGCUAUGGCAGCGUCAAGUGCAAUAUCAGGUUCAUCCAGGCCAUCUAUCUUGAUCCAGCCAGUGAAUUUACGCCCGAGAAUCGUCCCACCAUUGCCUGAAAAUUCUGUUGGAAACUUUUCGUGGUUCUUUUCAAUCAUGGCUAGAGAUGAAAGUGACCAGAAGUUAGAUAAACUAGUGAGUGCCUUGAGGAAUGGAAUUGCACAACUUUUUGAUAAGUACACGAAGAAUCGAACAGCGAAUGAAUGUUACUCACUGAUAUGUGAGUCUAUCAAAGAGUCAAGAAAGGCAUUGAGCAAUAGAAGUGGUGUUCAUGUUUAUAAAUGUAGCAGUUUGUGUAGGUACCCAUUUAAUAAAAUAAAUUUUGGGCGUGGAAAGCCAGUAUGGGUGGGUACUUCUAGCAGUUUGAUCAAGGAUACAUUUCAUUUGGUGGAUGCUCUGGAAGAGGGUGGUAUAGAAGCUUUGGUGACUCUGGAAGAGAAAGAAAUGGCCAUUUUCGAACGCGAUCAAGAGCUUCUUGCGUUUGCUUAUUUGAAUCCUAGAGCUUUAGAGAAUGUAUGUGUGCCUGUUGAUGUUUGAUCAGGGUUCCCCGGGCGGGGGGGGGGGGGUGUUUCGACUCCUCUACUAUUAAUUUUUA